AUGCUGACGGGCCCUCAACAGGUGACAACUCAGCAGGCGACCUCUCAACUAGCGACUACUCAGCAACAGCCACGUAACGACUCGAAGAAGCGACGUAGGGUUGAUGACACUGAACCAUCUGCCAUUGAGCAGUUGAAGAAAAGGCGUGCGAAUGGCGGAGGAUUGCCGGCAGCAUUGAGUGCUACAAGCAGGAGAGUCACCGUAAUUGCAGGUCCGAAGCGCAGACCUGUCGUGCCCUCGGAGGGAGCUGCAGCUGUGCCAAUUAUGGGAGCAUCUUCUAGUCAGCAGCAAGGUCCUGGCGCACAACAAGCUUCAGCGUCCGCCCUGAUGACUGGACUCCCUGCUUCCACGAGCGCAUUGCAAGCUACACAGGAGAUACUUCAAGAGGCCACGCCGAACGCCCUAGCACGUCUUGACAGCACUCUGGAAGAUGUGAGCACUAACGCUUUCGCUCCAGAUGAGAUCUUCCAGAACGGUGUAGAGAUUAUGAGCAAAGUAAACGACCAGAAAACAGAAGAGGAGAACUUGGAGAACGCAGAGGUGAACAAAUCUGCAGGAAAUGACGCGACAGGUGAGCUAGGCAUUCCGCUCGAGUCUGCUGUUGUGACUGGCCAUUUUCAACAAGAUGGGAUUAAGGGUGGCAAGGAGGAGAGCAGCGUAGGAGGGAUCGUGGAAGGGGCAGUAGACGCUCAACGCAACAGAUAG